AUGGCCUUCUCGUACUACUCCCGCCCCCGUCCCCAGCUCGACUCCCCUCCCCCCCGCCCCGCCCACCAGCCCGCCCCGGCCGCCGACCUCCACCACUCUGCCCUUCCAGCCCUCCCCCUCGAGAGCGAGCCCAUGAGCAGAUACCCCUCCCACUCCUACCCCCAAGCCGCCCAGCAGCAGCCACAGGGGUACAUCUACCCUGAUGCGUCCCCCAGCCACCAGCAUCAGCCCACCAUCCCUGACCCCCAGCCAGCCCUCGCCCGCCAGGUGCUGGCUUCCGGCCAGAACACCUGGUCCACCUCCUCCUCCCCUCGUUUCCAGCCCUAUGCCCGCCCAGCCCGCAAGUCCCACUCCCCGAGCUCCACCUAUCUCGGCAGCCCCCAGACCGGCUACCUCCCCCAGCACACCCACUCCCAGCAACCCUCGCCCCACAUCCAGCCGCUCUCCAUCUCCUCUCCACACCCCUCUUCUGCCCUGCCAUCUCCCUCAUACAUGCAGUCGUCUUCAGCACCCUCUGCAUUCGACCCGCCCAGUAUGCCCGAACCGAUGCCACUCAGCUCGGCAGGCUACGGCGUGGGCGACAGCUUGUAUGACGGCACCUCUUCGUUCCCCGGCUACGUCGACCCCAGUGGGCCGGCUGCUGCUGCUGGGUCAGAGAGCAGGAGCUGGGAAAACAGCACGAGAGACGUGGCUCCAGAUGUCUAUGCUCAGGCGCUCGCACUCUACACCCACAUCUGCAACUCGCUCCCCUACUACGUGCCCACCUCUCAGCCUGCCCCCGACUCGUCGUCCUCGACGCCGCCGACGACAUUCGACAGCAUCAUCGGUCUCGCAAGCGAGGGGCAUAGCAUUCUCAGCGGGCAGGCACCUCCGUCCACAAGCGCGAUUGACAUUGGCUCUUUUGGGCCGUCUUCUGGCUUUACGUCUGGCGUCGAGUCGCCGGAGGGUAGGAUCGGCGGCGGCAUCGCCUCUGGGAGCGCGGCGGCUACGACCUCUGCUGUCGCCACGCCGGUCACUGCCCCCGCGUCCAUAUCUUCGGCUGGGCGAAAGAGGCGCAACUCGGGCAGGAAAGAGCCCGCUGGCCCUCCGCCCACAUGUCUCGGAUGCGGUGCCACAGAAACACCUGAAUGGAGAAGAGGACCGAUGGGACCGAGGACUCUGUGCAAUGCUUGUGGCUUGGUGCACAUGAAGCUGCAGAGGAAGAAGAGAAAGGCGGAAGAAAAGGCUGCUGCUGUCGCUGCGGCUUGAUCUAAUCUCUUCAUCGAUACCCCUUCAAAAGGCCACUCGGUCCCGCGCCUCGGCGCCCUGCAUCCUCUUGCCCAUCGGCACACCCAUACAAGUACCACUGCAUAGCCACUAUAUAUUCAAGCAUAGACUUAUUGUUGUAGCACCUUUUCUCAUAUCCAUUUUCAUAAUCAGCCGCCUUCGGCCUUCCUUGCUUUCUCUAUACAUGAGUCCUAUUUCGAGCACUUUUUUUACGCCUCGAGCAAAAUGUGUGUACACACGAUGACCAGCUUUCUUACGGGUCUUGGGAAUUCCUUCUGUCUUAUGUCAUGUAUACAAGUGCCAUGUCCAA